ACUAAAGACAGUGGUAGCAGAGAAGUGAGAUAAGAGAAGAGGGAGAGAGAUAAGAACAGAUCAAAAGUAUGGUGAUGAUGAUGUGGGAAGAUGUAACUGUUGAACGACCUUCAAGUUUUGGAGCACAGAGAAAGAAGUUGUUGCUUAGUGGAAUAACUGGCUUUGCCGAACCAGCUAGGGUUAUGGCUGUCAUGGGUCCUUCUGGCUGCGGAAAAACCACCUUUCUUGACUCUUUGACUGGAAAACUUGCUCCAAAUGUUGUAAUGACCGGGAACAUUCUAAUCAAUGGGAAGAAAAACUUGAAUUCCAGAGAUGUGUCCUAUGUAGCUCAAGAGGAACUUUUCUUGGGAACUUUGACUGUAAAAGAGACUCUCACAUUCUCUGCGAACAUGAGACUUCCUUCCAAAAUGAGCAAAGAAGAGAUAAACAAAGUGGUGGAAGAAACCAUAAUGGAAAUGGGUCUGGAAGAUUGUGCAGAUACAAGGAUUGGGAAUUGGCAUUGUAGGGGUAUUAGUAAUGGUGAAAAGAAGAGACUUAGCAUUGGCCUUGAAAUUUUAACACAACCCCAUGUCUUACUUCUUGAUGAACCUACAACUGGCCUUGAUAGUGCCUCAGCUUUCUAUGUCAUUCAAGCACUAUGCCACAUUGCUCACAAAGGAAAGAUAGUUAUCUGCUCCAUUCACCAACCCAGUAGUGAGAUUUUUUAUCUAUUUGAUGACUUGCUUUUGCUUUCAAGUGGGGAAACUGUUUAUUUUGGACAAGCAAAGAAUGCUCUAAAGUUUUUUGCCGAUGCAGGGUUUCCCUGUCCUACUAGAAGAAAUCCUUCAGAUCAUUUCCUGAUGUGUACUAAUUUGGACUUUGAUUUGAUUACUGAAGUACUAGAGAGGACUCAAUUAUGUUUGGCAUCAUCGAAGUCAACAAUGGAAAUGAGAAAAUCAGAGAUCAGAAGGACACUGAUUGAGACUUACAAAAGUUCAAAGCUAAUGCUCAAUGCAAGAAGUAAAGUUCAACAACUGAAACACAAUGAAGAACAAGGAAUUAAGCACUACACAGGUAGCACUACCACGUGGAGGAAACAAUUGUGUACAUUGACCAAGCGAUCUUUCUUAAACAUGACUAGGGACAUUGGUUACUACUGGCUGAGGAUAAUAUUCUACAUAAUGGUAGGAAUCAGUAUUGGAACCCUCUUUUUUCACAUUGGCACAGGAAACAGCUCAAUCUUGGCUAGAGCAAAGUGUGUAUCAUUCAUCUAUGGAUUCAUGAUUUGUUUGUCAUGCGGAGGAUUACCAUUUUUCAUUGAAGAAUUGAAGGUGUUCUAUGGUGAAAGGUCCAAAAGGCAUUAUGGAGAGGCUGUGUUUGUAGUAUCAAACAUCAUAUCAUCAUUCCCUUUCCUUGUUCUAACAUCUUUUUCCUCCGGAACAAUCAUUUACUUCAUGGUGCAAUUUCAUCCGGGUUUAACUAAUUAUGCAUUUUUCUGUAUCAACUUAUUCUGCUGCCUAUCUGUUGUUGAGUGUUGCAUCAUGGCUGUAGCUUCACUGGUCCCCAAUGUGCUGAUGGGCAUAGGAAUAGGAACUGGUGUAAUUAUCUUCAUGAUGAUGCCCUCCCAAAUAUUCAGAUCAUUACCUGAGCUUCCAAAGUUCUUUUGGCGCUAUCCUAUGUCCUACCUUAGUUUUGCUUCCUGGGCAGUGCAGGGAGAAUACAAGAAUGACAUGUUGGGGGUAGAGUUCGAUCCUUUUCUACCUGGUGAUGCAAAGGUUAGUGGAGAAAAAGUUCUAUCAUCGAUACUUGGGGUUCCAUUGGAUCAUAACAAAUGGUGGGACUUAACAGCAUUGGCUACCUUAUUAUUAGUUCACAGAGUGGUUCUUUUCUUGGUGCUUCGGUUUGUCAAAAGAGCAAAAUCACCUAAGUUGUGGUUCUAUGCCAAGAAAAGUCUACACUUUGGAAAGAGAUGUUUGUUCAAUGACAAGCCAUCUAUCUCUUCCAGGAAACUAGCUCAGCAUCCAUUAUCAUCUCAAGAGGGUCUUAUGUCCCCAAACCUUGCAAUGUAACACUUUAAUAUUUAUUUCACAUCACUACUUAAAAAAUAAGCAUUUUAGCCACCGAAGAAAUCGAUCACUAAAAAGGUAAGAACGAUCUCAAACACUCUUAGUCACCGAAGUUACCUUAAAUUUUCCAAACCAUCUAUCUCGAAGUUUAAUACGAACCUCCUUCAAUUGGGACUAGAUUUAUCAAAUUGUUCCUUCCAAUAGUAGAGGAACCACUUGCUAGUAUAAAAUUGUGUACAAAUACAUUGUUAAAAUAAUCACAUAUUGAAGAAUACCAAAUAAAUUAAAUUUGAUUUA